CCGGGCGGGUCUGCAGGUGCUACCGGAGUCGGUCGGCGGGUUCCUCUGUCCCAAAAGACGCUUUUCCGGUGCCCCAGCACCUUGACCACCCUCUUCGUGUGCGCACCUUCCCAAGGCGGUCAGCUCUGGAUGUUUCAUCCAAAGAAUGUAUUAAACACGGAGAGGGAUCCCAUUCCUUGGAAAAAUAUACUUCCCUGGCGUGUAUUGAGCGCUUGCUGUGCGUCUGCAGCGCGCUUCUAUCGACUAUAUAUAGGUUAUAUAUUAAAUCCUUGUAACCAUUCCAUCACGCAGUUGUAAUGUUACUCCCAUUCGACAGGCGAGGUAACCGAGGAGGGUUCUACUUGUGAUACCGCCGUUUACCGGUGAGGAGUCCUGCGUCCUCAGGUGUUGGAGAAGCACGCAGAGGCAAGCAUGUAGCAAACAGGUUUUAUUUAAAAGUAGUAACACAGACUUCUCCGGAGAAGAGGGAGAAAGGGGCCGUGGCUGUUCUAGAAUCCCAAGAAGUGAAAAGGCAAAAAAGGUGAGAAGCAGAUGGCAGGGGUCAGGGCGGCGGGAGGACUCAGGCAGAGACCAGCAAUCAGAAGUGAAAGAGCUGUAGCCUAGUGCCGGGGAUGGAACACAGGACCUCAUGCGUGCUUGGCAACGGCUCAGCCACUGAGCCACAUCCCCAGCCCCUUAGUGUGAUUUCUUGAUUAAUCCUGUGAUUUUUGUGGCCACUCUGGCUGCUUGGGUUGGAUUUUUGUCCCUUGCACCUUGAGAGUUCUGUUGAUAUCCAGCUGCCUUCGGACUGCAGGACGCGCAGGAUCGGAGGACGUCAGAGAACCAAGCUGUGAGCAGAGAGGCCACUGAGGUCGCCAGCACCCCCCAAUCACAGACUUGGGCCCCCUCCCCCUCACUUCUGGAGUGUUACCUCACAGGCUGUGGGUUCCGCCGUAUCCUGGAGUCUGAAGGAUCCUUAGGAGACUGGUUUCUCCCUGAUGGUGUGCAGAUGGCAAAGAUGAGCGCAGUUGCGAUUCUCUUUUCUGUUCUCCUGGACCGCCUGCCGGGUGGGGAGCCCCAUCCUUGCCCGCUGCUGGGAGGUACCGUGCUGCUGUGGCUGCUGGAGGGGUGUGAGGCUGAGACUCACCGGGAGCCCGCUGCAGGUUUGAAUAAUACGUUCUCCUCAAGUUCAAAAAAUCUAGACAAAGAUUUUGCUAGUAUAUUUGAUGAGAUUCUACUGCAGGUGCUUUCCAAGGAUCCACACUACGCAUCUCUUGUGGAAGGAGGAACUGCAGUCACUGGGAGCCACUUGAAUAAAAAUGAUCUCCAGCGCAACAGCUUGAAAACUCCUGAAUUUUCAUCAAGUACAAAUAAGAGAGACGACCAUUUGGCUAAAUUAUUUGAUGAGAUUCUACUGCAGGUGCUUUCCAAGGAUCCACACUACGCAUCUCUUGUGGAAGGAGGAACUGCAGUCACCGGGAGCCACUUGAAUAAAAAUGAUCUCCAGCGCAACAGCUUGAAAACUCCUGAAUUUUCAUCAAGUACAAAUAAGAGAGACGACCAUUUGGCUAAAUUAUUUGAUGAGAUUCUACUGCAGGUGCUUUCCAAGGAUCCACACUACGCAUCUCUUGUGGAAGGAGGAACUGCAGUCACCGGGAGCCACUUGAAUGAAAGAGCCAGGGAUGUCUGGAAUUCUCCCAAACCAGAAUAUUUUCCUGGCACUGUGUACCAAACUUCAGAUACUGAUCACAUUGCAGGAGAGAGGAGGGAUAAGCAGUCUUUUCUAUUCAACAGAGAUGUCACUGAGAAGAUGAAGACUGUAGAUAAAGAGACUCCUCAAGGAACAGUUAGUCAAGACAUGCGCAGCAAGAAUCUGCCCUGUGGGUCGCUCCUGCACUUCCUGCAGAGGAACAUCGUGGUGGCCACCCUGGCCGCGGCGGCCAUCCUUGCGGUCACCGUGCUGCUGCUGCUCAUGUUGGCCACGUACAUGAGGAGGAAGCAGCCACUAUAUCCUCCAGCAAACAUGACGUACAACAUCUUCAUAAUGAAUGGGAAGACUUGGUGGCAAAAGUCUCAAGACACGAAUCUCAGGAAAAUCGCAGAAAAGCAGAAACCGUUGAAGUGCGAUUCCUGUGUCUAAGCCAGGUCCAGGGCCAGCCAAACCAGGACUCGGAACCGUGCCGCGAGGCCACUCUGGAUCCAGACACCACGGAGAGGCAGCUGCAUUUCUGCCUGCGAGGUGUGUGCUACAAAAACGCUCGCCUUGUCUUCCCGACCUUGGACGUACCAAGAAAACGUGCCUGCUUCCCACAGUGGUGAUAUAGCACUAGUGACACGUGCCGCGGACUUGGCACGUUUACCCAGAGACAGAAAUGACAAAUGACGAGAGAUUUCUUCCUUUCAUAAAGCGCCGAUUGAUUUGUCCCGUCCUUCAUUGCAGAGGUAUUCAUUGAACGCCUGAUAGGUAGACAAAAUCCAAAUAUGAUGCGGUGCGCACAGAGAAGCCAGGUCGGGGCUUUCACAGUCGCCCGUGAGAACCCGACCACCCCACAUCUCUUUUACACUUUCAAAUAGAAAUAUAAAAGCAUGAUGCCAAGAACCGGGUAAGAUUGUGGGAACUCCCCGGGGGUGAGAGUUCCUGCUUGCGUGGUCAGGAAAAGGACAUGGGGACAUUGAAAGUGGAAUGAGGGGGAUUUAUUUGUAAGUGUCCGAACAGAGUUAGGGAAAAGCGACAGAGACUUGGGAAGCAGCCUGGAGCAAGCGAGAGAGGGAAGCUCUGCAUCAGGACAGGAGCAGUAAGGAAACACCCAGGGACGUCGGAGAGCCCCCGUCAGGCUGUCGUCUUGGGUGGAGGAGCAGGGCAAACUGUAACCACCUAACAGGAGGAGACUCGGGACUCAGCACAAAGUGGCGCUGCUCCUCCCGACCACCUCCAGGUGUCUUUCACUGGCCACGCCCACCAUGAAGCAAGCCGUUGGGGAGGUCACUGUGCAAUUCCGCAGCCUCACAGGGCACAGCAGUGUUGGAAGGAAGGUGAACCACAAAUAUUCAGAACUGUCCAUUGCUUUGGUCCAUCAGCAUCCAUUUUUCCCCACUUUGGGUACCAGGGAUUGAACCCAGGGGCGCUUAACCCCUGAGUCACUUUCCCAACCCUUAUUUUAUAUUUUAUUUAGGGAUAGGCUCUCGCUGAGUUGCUUAGGGCCUAGCUAAGUUGCUGAGGCUGGCUUUGAACUUGCGAUCCUCCUGCUUCAGCCUCCUGAGAUGCUGGGAUUACAGGUGUGCACCGCACCCAGCUCAGCAUCCAUUUUUGUCCUUUUUAAUGAAUGACUAUUCCAAACUCCAUGCACACCCCCGCCCCGCCACGUGGGUGACACAAAGUCUCAAGAGUCGUAUGCCAUUGAAGCAUGGUGUCAGUCCAGCCACGGUCCCACUGAAAUUUAAAACAUUAGCCAUCACAGUGUUCUUGAUACAAGGAACAGGGAGAAAAAGGGGUAAGUGAAGAGAGAGGGUAACUGCCGUGAAAGUCAAGUUCACGACCACAGCCUCCCCUUCUUCUGCCCACCCCACUUACUCCGUCUCUUGCAUCUUGGCCACAUGGGGCUCAUUUCCUGGCGGAAUGUUCCAGCCAUCCAUGUCUGUAGAUCCUCAGUGGAUCUGUCUUCUCGGGUGGCAGUUUUGCACUGGACAUGGAACUCCUGACUGUUCCCAAGUGACCUGUGGUUCUGGAUGGAGUAGCCCUCCUGGUUCUGUCCACAGAACAACCCGCUUUCUCCUGGUGAGCGGGUCAGUCACUCCGGCCGACACUCAGCUCCUGCUGGGCCUGAUGGCAGUGGGACGAGGAGCUCCACUGUGACAGGGACAGUUGCAUCUUGUCAUUGAAUGGAAACGACUUUUCUUCCCUGUGGCAAAGUAGAAGGAACACUUUAUUUUAGCAUUAAAAUCUAGUACCUAAGCAAUUUAUUAUUUAAUUUUUAGAAUUUGUUCUUUUUAGAUACGCAUGACGGUAACGAGUGUUGACAUAUUAUGCAGAGUACAACUCCCCCUUCUUUUUUUAAAAUUUGUUCUCAUCAGUCGCACAUGUCAGUAGGAUGCACUUAUCAUUUUGUA